AGUUCCGUUUUGCUGACGCGGAAGCUAUUUGCAGCUGUCAAACAUAUUUUGGUGAAGCAAUUUCAGCCCUCGGUUCAGAGGAAAAGAACAAUUGACGUUAUUUCAAAAUGGACAGUCCACGCUGGUUGCCUCUGGAGUCAAAUCCAGAAGUCAUGACAAAGUUUGUCAAUUGCUUAGGUAUGAAACCAACCUGGCAAUUUGGAGAUGUAUACGGAUUGGAUCCAGAGCUUCUCAGCAUGGUACCACGACCAGUGUGCGCAGUGCUUCUUCUCUUCCCAGUGACAGAGAAGUAUGAGGCGUUCAAGCAAGAAGAGGAAGAGAAACUCAAGGGUCAACAACAAGUCUCUCCUGAUGUCUACUUCAUCAAGCAAACUAUUGGAAACGCUUGUGGAACAAUAGGAUUAAUUCAUGCAGUGGCAAACAACCGGGCACACCUGGAGUUUGAGCCCGAUUCUGCUCUUAAGAAGUUUAUUGAACAAACUUCUAAGAUGACCUCAGAGGAAAAGGCCACCUUCCUGGAAAAAGAUGAGAGUAUACGUGUUACACAUGAAUCCAGUGCACAGGAGGGACAGACUGAGGCCCCGAGUUUAGAUGAGAAAGUGAAUCUGCAUUUUAUAGCCUUUGUGAAUGUCGGAGGACAUUUAUAUGAACUGGAUGGCCGUAAACCCUUCCCUAUUGUCCACGGAAAAACUUCAGAAGAUACUUUCCUCGAGGAUGCUGUAGAGGUUUGUAAGGUCUUCAUGGCUCGCGACCCUCAGGAGGUUCGUUUCACCAUCAUUGCCCUCUCCAAAGAUUCAUAUUGAGGAAAGCUCCCUUGUGAUCCCAGAAAACAAAGAAAACAUUACUGCCAAACAUUCUCAAGUGCUGACUUAAUUGGAAAAUUUAGAUUUCUUUUUUUUUAAAUUCUUGGCAAAUUAAUAAAAUGUCAGGGAUAUCCUUCUGAAGUAAUGUUCCAUUUUGUUAUACAUCCCUUGUUAAGAGUUGGAUGGAAAUCAGUGUGAUGCUGUUAGAAUAAAAGUGUUUCUUGUUCAGAUCAAAAUCUUCCAUUUCCCCACUGCUGAAGCAUCUCGAUAACUGUAAUGCAGAUAUCAGCUGUACUACCUUGACACUGCACUAAAGUUUGUUUAAUUAAGAAAGAAAUGUAACAGAUUUCCAACGUAACUGAGGAAGCUCAACUUCUUUCUCUGGGUUCAAUGAUUCCUAAUGUAUGUAGUGUUUUAGAUCGUGUGUCUAACCACAUGAUACAAACCAAUCGGAAAAGAAACACGUUUUGCAAGGCUUUACUUUGAGUCAUAGCUUUGAGAAAAAAACAGGAUGGGUCUGAUGCUGUUGUAUGCCGUGAUGAUGUUAUUAAAAGUUAUCAAAAACGUCUCCUGUAAGUGAGACUGUACAUCCAUGUGGAAGGUGCCUACUUUUUUUGUAAUAAGAAUUAGAAAUUCUGUCAAAUAAAAGGCAAGUUUGCUAAACAUU